AUGCGCCUCCCCCUCGCCUCUUUCCUCCUCCUCCUCCUACUCCCCCUCACCACCGCCUUCCCCACCACCCUCGUCCGCCGCGUCGACGGCCCCGACCCUGAUCCCGUCCUCCGCCAGAAGCUCUCCACCCCUCCAGAUGGCUCCCUCUUCUGGCACGGCCGCACCGCCGCCGGCGAAGGCCUCGAAAAGCCCGCCGACGCCUACGCCACCGCCAACGGCCUCGAAACCAUCGGGCAGCUCAAGUCCAAGAACGACGUCAAGGACGGCGCCCCACCAGGAAAAGACCCCGGCCUCCCCUGGUGGGACAACGCGUCGAAGCAGUACGCGCUCGAGGCCUCCGGGCGCGUGCAUGUGCUGUCGGGGCAGAUGGGCGACCCCAAGACGGAGAGCCCCGACGUCAUCCAGCAGCGGCUGGAGAACACGAUAUACCACAAGACGGAGCUGCCGACGCUGACGGACCCGGACAAGGAGAAGAAGGUGACCGAGAUCAUCAAGGUGAACCCGGACACGCAGGCGAAGGCGAGGGUCUGGAAGGAGGGUGAUCCGCCACAGGGCGCGGGAGGGAGCACUGUCCCGAGGCCGGAGAGCCCGCUGUCCCCCGGCGGGACCAGCCAGAGGGGGAGGGCGCAGAAUAAGAGCCCGCCGCCGUCGCCGGGAGGUGGUAGCAAUCCGAGGGGCCCGAGCAGGAGCAGAAGCCCCUCGCCAUCGUCGGGCAGAGGCACAGGUGCAGGCGGGAAUGCGGCUGGAUCGGGUGCCGGGUCCGGGUCCGGGUCCGGGACUGCAGGUUCGGGCAAUAAGACGCCGCCAAGCUCUGGGUCCAGGUCGGGGUCCAGAGGUGCCACUGCUGGAUCGGGAACCAAGACGCCACCCCAAGGCGGCAAUACGGCUUCGAGGGGAGCCGCCGGCGGAAAGAGCGCGGCCAAGAACCCCACCGGCCGCAAGGUGAAACCCAGCACGGGCAGAAGCCCGCUGAAAGCAGCCCCGAAGAAGACCACCAGCACACGGAAGGGGGCGAGCACAAAGGCCUCACCGAAGAAGACACAGGCAAAGGCUGCAAAGAAGGUUAACAAGAGCAUAAACAAGAAGGCAUCCGCAAAGGUGAAGACACCGGCAUCAGCGCCCAACCGGAAGAAGGCCGGCAGCAAGACAACAGCAAAAACAGCUGGAAAAGCCUCUGCAACAAAGACGAAGACCGGCAGUGUCAAGAAGCCUACUGUGAAGAGGCCUUCUGCCGCAGCAAAGAAAAACGUCACGUCCAAAAAGCAAUCCCAGGCUACGAAGAAGAAGACCACAGCUACUAAGAGGCCUGGAGCUGUCAAAAAAGCUGCUUCUGCUACGAAAAAGGCGUCGAGCAAGAAGCCGACUACCAACGCGGAAAAGAAGACUGCAGUCAAGAAGCCAACUACAGCUAGAAAGACUCCCUCCAAGGGGCCCACAACUCGCGCAAAGAAGACAACCGCAGCAAAGAAGACCACCGCAGCAAAGAAGACCACCGCAGCAAAGAAGACCACCGCAGCAAAGAAGACCACCGCAGCAAAGAAGACCACCGCAGCAAAGAAGACGACUGCAGCGAAGAAAACCACAGCGGCGAAGACCACGACGGCGAAGAAGACCACUGCGGCGAAGAAGACCACUGCAGCGAAGAAGACCACUGCAGCCAAGAAAACCCCCACAAGGACACCCAACACCGCCGGAAAGAAGUCUACUACAGCUGCCAAGACACCCGCGGCGAAAAAGUCUACCGCGACUACGAAGACACCAGCCGCGACAGCUGCGAAGAAGGCGGCUGUAGUUCAGAAACCACUUAAGGCCGUGAAGACAGCUCCUGUUGUCCAGAAAACGAAGAAGACCGGCAAGGCUUAG